UCUAGCAACUUCACCGGAAGUGACGUCCCACCGGAGGUCCUGCCGCUUAAAUCCUCCGCCCGGCCAACUACAUUGGCAGCAAAGCAAUGGCGACUGAACGUAGUUUCCCAGACAGCCACAUUGACGACGACCCACAGCAAGCACUUGAGGGACUGAACGAGGCCUUGCAAGGAGACUCUGACAAUGCGGAGUUGCUGUGCCAGCGUGCCUAUGCCUACACACUCCUCAACAACUACAGUUGCGCUGUUGAUGAUGCCAAGAAAGCCCAGCAGCUAAAUCCAGGCCUCCCCCUUGCUUUCAUGCGAACAGGAAUAGCAGAGUACCACCUGAGCCAAUAUGAGUCAGCCCAUGCAGCCUUCACUCAAGGAUACCAACUGGAUGGUUCUGAAAAAACUUUUGAGAUUUGGAUCAAGCGAUGUGAGGAAAUGUUGGAUGAGAAGACGCAGGACAGCAGCAUGGACACGAAGCCAGCAGGGCCGAAUGUGAAAUAUGACUGGUACCAAACAGAAUCCCAAGUCAUUGUCACCGUUAUGGCGAAAAAUGUUCCAAAGGACGGAGUGUCUGUGAAAUUCAUGGAACAAGAGCUCUCAGCCUCAAUUGGGCUCGCGUCUGGGGAAAACUAUGACCUCAACCUCCGACUUCUGCAUCCCAUCGUCCCACAACAGAGCAACUUCAGGGUCCUCGCCACUAAGGUGGAGAUGAAGAUGAAGAAGACCGAGGCCAUCCGAUGGGAGAAUCUGGAGGGAGAGGGACAGGAAUCCAACAUCAAACACUUCAAUCCCAACGAGUACCCGACAUCGUCCCAACACGGCCGCAAAUGGGACAAAAUCGUGGGGGACAUUAGCGAGGAGGAGAAGAACGAGAAGUUGGAGGGAGACGCGGCCCUCAACAAGGUCUUCCAGCAGAUCUACACCGAUGGUUCAGACGAGAUCAGACGUGCCAUGAACAAGUCUUUUACGGAGUCACAUGGCACGGUCCUGAGCACCAACUGGAAAGAUGUGGGCAAGAGAAAAGUGGAUCCGAGCCCGCCGGAUGAUGUCGAGUUGAGGAAGUACUGAACCUCCUUCCCUCGCUCUCUCUUCUCCGCUUCCUUUUUUUUCCCCUCAGUUUGACCUCGGUCCCUGCAUACCCCGCUCGGAAGUUCACUCAGUCUCCUCCUUCUUUGCCCGUCCUCUCCGACCUGUGCUUUUCCACCAACCAGUACAGUUCAUUUCAGUCCAUGGGAAUGCAGCGGAACCUCGAUGUACAAACUUAAUUGGUUCCUGGACUUGGUAGAUGAAUAGAAAAGUUCCUAUAUGCAUUCUAAAUAUUAAAUACAUUCAAUCAAAAAGUCUGCUUACAAUAAAGCCUAAGGGAGCCGCUCAAUUCUGCCUAUAAAGCAGUUAAAAAAACAUCCAAACACCUCCAUUAAGAUUUUAUAUACAUCAGGGGUGUCGAACUUCUUUUCAUCAAGGGCCACAUUGCAGUCAUAUAUAGUAGUAAAAGUAAUAAAAGUAUAAUCGCCUCAUUAUAUUAUUGCACAAUUGCCUAUGCAUUUGGUUAUUUAAUUUGUGUACGUACAAAUUGAUGGAUAACUUGCUUUAAAAUCGUAAGUCCAGGUGACGAGCAGAUAUUUAAGUAUGUAUUGUUAUUUUUACAAACUAUAAUACAGUAUAUAAUAAUUAGGGUGCUAUUUUUUUUUUUUUUUAUCACAUGAAUCACGAUUCUUAUUCAUCUCGAUUGAUUAAAUUAAUAAUAAAUAAAUAAAUUGUAAUUAUUAAAUGUAAUAUUAUAUAUUUAAAUAUUAAAUUAUUAAAUUAAAUUAUUAAAUAUUAAAUUCAAAAUUUUAAUAAAUACAUUGAUUAAAUUAAAAUUGAUUAAAACAUUUUCAAAAAUCGCAUUUUUUUUAUUUUUUUUGACAAAUUAUCUUUAAAAAAAACAUUUUACUUACUUGGUGCACGUAUGUGUCAGAACGUCAGCAACCAAAAAUAGAUUUUGUAACCUGUAAGCUGUUUUGUUAAGGUAUUAUUAUUAUUGUACCAAAUAAUGCAUUGCAAAAAUUUUACUCGUGUUAAAUCGAGUCUCGAUUAUGAAUCAAAUCCUCCGCCCCAAGAAUCGUAAUCGAAUGGCUAAGGUGCCCAAAGAUUCAGAAAUAAAAAUUGAGUAUUUGUACAUAGAUCAAAGUUUAAAACAUAUGAAAUUUCCUGUAUUGCAUACAUUUUUUUUCUGUCAAAAUGGAAAUAAUAAACAUUUGGUCAGAAAGAUGAAGUAUCCACAUUAUUCCCAGGGCUUUCGCGGGCCACGUUAGAUGACUUGUCGGGCCGGAUCUGGCCCCUGGGCCUUGAGUUUGACACAUGUGAUAUACAUGAUGUAAGUAUAUAUGUAACAGGCACAUUUAUAAUAUCAUUUAAUAUGUGCAUAUUUUUGAUCAUUUUAAGUAUACGCGGCGCAUUGAUUUCAAAAAUGCAUCACGACGUACGCUUUUUUUUUUCAACUCCAUCACUGAUUAUUACUCACUGCAAACUUUGAGAGCCUACAAACAUAGUAAAACAUCACUUACUGUACAAUGUCUGCUGUCAUUAGGAUGCAGACUGCUAGGAUGUUCAUAUAUUCCCAUUUAGAUGAGGAAUGACUCAUAAUUCUCGCAAAAAAAAGCUGUCUUUUUGUGUCGUCCUCGCCAUUUUCGAGUCUAAAUUGGCUGUCAAAGUCUACCGAAUUGUCGGAAUACGUCUUCAGCCUUCUGCUGUACGGGUGAGAGGCGUGAUUUAUGAUCUGGAAUAAACUUCCAGGGAGCAGGGACGUAAGGAAACAGCUGAACAUUACAAACAAGCUGGUGAUCACGUUGCUGCUAUUAAUAGUCUGUCUGCGUUAGCACUUAUAAUAACAAUAUCACUAAUAUUGGUUAAUAUUCAAGUCACAAAAUGUAAACAGAGUAUUGUUGGCGCCUUUUGGACGUUUUUUUUUUGGAUUUUUAUGGCCGGAAUAGAGGACCUCCCUGCAGAAUGCAUUAAAAAAAAUACAUCCGUCGUCAUGUCUUUCAUAAUGAUUGUGAACCAUAGGCAAAAUACCAAAAAAAAGUGCAGUUUCCCUUUAAAUUAAAACAUAUUCAUGUUCCAUUCCUAUCCGGUUGCUCCAUGGCGGUAUGGAUUCUUUGUCGACCAGUAAGCAGACCGCAGUUAGUAACCAAUGAAAGAGCGCCAGUGCUGUUACCAACAAAUGUACAGUACAGGCCAAAAGUUUGGACACACCUUCUCAUUCAAUGUGUUUUCUUCAUUUUCAUGACUAUUUACAUUGUAGAUUGUCACUGAAGGCAUCAAAACUACGAAUGAACACAUGUGGAGUUAUGUACUUAACAAAAAAAGGUGACAUAACUAAAAACAUGUUUUAUAUUCUAGUUUCUUCAAAAUAGCCACCCUUUGCUCUUGAUUACUGCUUUGCACACUCUUGGCAUUCUCUCGAUGAGCUUCAAGAGGUAGUCUCCUGAAAUGGUUUCCACUUUACAGGUGUGCUUCGAGCUCAUCAAGAGAAUGCCAAAAGUGUGCGCAACAGUAAUCAUAGGGUGGCUAUUUUGAAGUAACUAGAAUAUAAAACAUGUUUUCAGUUAUUUCACCUUUUUUUGUUGUGUUCAUUUAUAGUUUUGUUGCCUUCAGUGACAAUUUACAAUUGGGGCGGCAUAGCUCGGGUAGUAGAGUGGCCGUGCCAGCACCUUGAGGGUUCCAGGUUCGAUCCCGUCUUCUGCCAACAUAGUCACUUCCGUUGUGUCCUUGGGCAAGACACUUUACCCACCUUCUCCCAGUGCCACCCACACUGGUUUGAAAAUGUAACUUAGAUAUUGGGUUUCACUAUGUAAAAGUGCUUCGCGCCACUAGAGAAAAGCGCUAUAUAAAUAUGAAUCACUUCACCUUCUCAUUCAAUGCGUUUUCUUUAUUUUCAUGACUAUUUACGUUGUAGAUUGUCACUGAAGGCAUCAAAACUAUGAAUGAACACACGUGGAGUUGUGUACUUAACACAAAAAGGUGAAAUAACUGACAACAUGUUUUAUAUUCUAGUUUCUUCAAAAUAGCCACCCUUUGCUCUUGAUUACUGCUUUGCACACUCUUGGCAUUCUCUGCAUGAGCUUCAAGCGGUAGUCACCUGAAAUGAUUUUCACUUCACAGGUGUCAUAGUUUUGAUGCCUUCAGUGACAAUCUACAAUGUAAAUAGUCAUGAAAAUGCAUUUAAAUGAGAAGGUGUGGCCUGUAGUGUACAUCCAAACAGGAAGUGGAGAAUGUAUCUUCAUAAAUAAGUAUAAAAAAAAAAAAAAAUGGUAUUACGGAGUUUUGGAAAACCGGGAAUUUCUCUUGAAGUUCAUCGAGAGAAUACCAAGAGUGUGCAAAGCAAUAAUCAAGAGCAACGGGUGGCUAUUUUGAAGAAAUUAGAACAUAAAACAUGUUUUCAGUUAUUUCACCUUUUUUUGUUGUGUGUUCAUUCAUUGUUUUGUUGCCUUCAGUGACAAUCUACAAUGUAAAUAGUCAUGAAAAUAAAGAAAACGCAUUGAAUGAGAAGGUGUGUCCAAACUUUUGGUCUGUACUGUGUAUGGUACCGUACCAAACUGAACUGUACUGCUUGGUGGAAACAAGGUCAUAGAUGUCCCAUUAUUAUCUCCCCCGUACCUCCUUGUCCUCUCCUGUCAAUUUGGAAAGUUAGUAGGACAGAAGGAUUUGCAUCCUUAAGGCCAAAGUACUUAGAAGGAAAGAGUGGAUUAGAACAUGACUGACAGACUUAAAACAAUCCAACCCGACGUUCAUAUCAGGGGUUUAGUACAUAAUUCAACCCUUGUCUGUUUGCCUUCAGCAUUUCUACGUUAAAGCCCUUUAUGACUUCCUGUUAUCAGCACAUGUAUAAAAAAAAAAAAUGUAUAGUUAACAAUAAGAAGUAAUUAAGAUGUUUUAAGCGAUAACUCGAAGUGAUUUUCUCGGCUUCCGCACCCACGCUCUGCAAGAUAUCUCAGCGCCAAUAAGUGGCUUUGUACCGCUUGUUGAGUGCGAUUCAAUCCAAGGUCUGAAUAAAAGGCUUGUCCGGCUAA